UGAGGCAGAGCACCUGUGAAGGGCGCCACCAAUAGUUCAAAUUUGGAUAGCCUAGACGUUCUGUGUUCUACCGUCACUGUGACCACUUAUUUACCAGCAGAACUUCCGAACUUGGUUCAUUCAGGUGAAGGAUUGAGGACUGUUAGGGAUAACGUGUCUCAUGGUUUUGCUUUGUGUCGUCCAGGAUGACCAAGCGUAAGGACACUCCCAGCCCUCAACUCCAGCAGAGUGAAAUGGACAACGCUGAAGGGUCUCCAACUGACCAGGAGGUCAAUGAAAAUAGGGCAAAAAGACAGAGGACAGCAAAGACUUCUGUCAACCUCGAGGAGAGCCAUGAGUCCACCUCAAGUGACCAACAUUCCCAGUUUGUGUCGAGCAGCAACACCCAGCCUGCCUCAGACGCCGAGCGGACCUCGUCCCUCGCCGGCUCCAGGUGGGAGACCAAGCGGCCGUUCUUCGAUCACGUCUUUGCUGAGACGCGGCAGACACAGUGUUACACCUGCGGGGACUGCGAGGGGGACUUGGUGCGUUGCGUGGACUGUGGGCCUGGCGUGAUGCGAUGCAUGGACUGUACACUCAGCUACCACAAGGAAUGCCAUCUACUUCACAAGCCAGAACUUGUUCUGGAGACAUGCGUGCGUCCGUUUCCGCUCCGGUCACGCUUUGUGCGACAGAACCACCAGUGUUCAACCCCACACACAAAAUCCAUUCAGGUCUUUGACGAAAAAGGUCGCAUACACGAUUGCUGGUUCACCUCCUGCUCAUGCGAACCGCCAAGUGCCACCUUACUGCGCUGGAAUCUCUGGCCAGCCUCUCCUGACCAGCCCAGGGUAGCCAUUCACGAAGACUUGCUGAGGUGGUUCGAAUCCCUCCUGGUGGAGGGUGGCAUGUCCUUGAAGUUGGCGUCCGAGGUUGUACGUCGGAAGAAUUCCCUCGAUGUUCAGGAGGCUGACUUUUUGUUCAUGAACUUGACGAGUGGAUGUUUUGAAGAGUACCAGCAUUUCAGGCGGCGGUAUGCCAACCACGGCCAUGGGCUCUCAGCAGCCAGAAAUAGAUUCGUGUACACUGGCUCUCCAAAGAGCUCAGUCAACGCUCUGGAAUCUGAUUCCCGUGCACCGGUGAAUGAAGAGGUUAGGGGUCACAGAACGUUCUUGGAUCCAGACGACGAUUUGACUCGGGUGACUUCGCACACGCCCUUUCCCCACCCCGCUGCCUUUUGCCCCCGGAUGGAGGAACAGUCCCAUGUGGUGUUCCCUGGUACACCCGUUCACAACUCUUUCCUAAUGGGAGGGGAACCAGGGACAGCCACUGAUCAGACCUGCCAAGAAUGGAAGGUGGAGUCUCUACAGAAUCUGGACGGUGAUGACGAUUCUGAGACUGAGUACAUCUUAGUUCCGGCCAACAAAGUUAGCAUGUCUGGUCUUGAUUGUAAACCGGCCGCUGUAGCCGCGCAUGAACGCUGUCUGGCCGAACAAGCGAUUGCAAUUCCGGGAAUGCCCCCUGGAGUAGAACAGCAUCCAAGUCGGCCCACUUUGCCGAACACCAGCGAUAUCGUGAUCAUGCCAAGUUCCAACGACGGCAAGACGAGAGUGUGGGACAAGAAGCAGUAUUGCCUGUACUGCCGGGCGCCCUACGCGAAGCUCCCCAGACACUUGGAGGGCAUCCACCGCGACGAGCCGGACAUUGUCCUGCUCAGGAAUGCCAAGUGCCCGGACGAGCGACGCCACUUGCUGUCCAAGCUGCGCAACCUGGGCAACCACCUGCAGAACUGCGAUGUGCUACGCCGCGGUGUCGGCGCGCUCAUCGUGGUCAAACGACCCAGCUGCACGGAAACCCGAUUGGUGGCCGACUACUCGCCUUGCCCAAUCUGUUUUGGGUACUACAUCAUUAAUGACCUCCGGGUCCACAGUUGUCCACUGAAAAACAUCAAGAUAGACAAGUCUGCCGUUUGGCUCAACUUGACACUACAACAGUGAAACAUCUUUCAAAUUUCCGACCUAGAGAGGCAUUCUUAUCCUCCGACCAAGUCUUCAUCGUGGGCAGAUCCGGAGCUAACUAUUCAGAGGGGAUAAACUUCAGUUUCUUGAGGGUGGGCAAAAACGAUUAAAGUUUGUUCAUGUAACGUUUUACUGGCCCUUGCGAGGGAUUUUGUAUAUUCCAUUUGUAUUUUUCUUUUACAGCGCGCAUAUUUAAUAAUUUCAUAUUAACUCCAUUUCCAAAUAUGAAAUGGUUUUGUUUUUUUCAAGCAGUACAUUUAUGGACAAUUUAUAAAUUUUGUAUCCUUCUAUCAAAAGUGUAGCUAACUUGAAAUGUUGUUCACUGUGGUUUAACUAUUUCGAGGCCUUAAAAAUUCUAUUUCCAAAGAGAAAUCAGAUGAGAUCUACACAUAUUUUCUUAAAAACUGUUAUAAACAUUUGGCCUAUGGGUCAUUGCUGGACCAAAACCUGUACAGUAUUUUUAAGUUUCGGUUUUGGUCUCAAUUAUGUUAUUGACUUUUGGAAAACUUUUUAAACUAAGUCUGAGUUUUUGGAACCAGUAUCGUGGAUGAGCCAAAUUCAGAAAUACGACCUUCACUUUACUUGUUGAAAAUUUUUAUCUACUUUAACAUAUUAAAAAAAAAUCAAAUUGCCAGAUUUUUCCACGUUUAAAGGACACAACUUAAUUGACAACACCUUAACUUUUGUUAAUACGAAAGCUAUAAACAUUGUAUUUAGUUUUGAAUUAUUCAACUUUGGUCAUCCAGUGCACUUUUCUGUUCCUGUCAAAAUAUGAAAAUAUUUUCCGUUUUUUGGGGGGGGGGAUAUCUUGUUAAAAGUGCGAGUUUUAAGAGUUAGAAAGUUUCUGUAGUUUUCCUGACAAUUGAGAGCACCGUUGUUGUUACGUAAUUGCUGGGAAAACUCUUUUAUCUCCCGGGGUUUUAAGUUCGUAUCUGUGAAAUUGAGUCACAUGUCUCCGGAGCCACUUUUGAGUUAAAGGCCUUUGAAAGAAUCUGCGCAGUAUUUAAGCAAUUGGAAUCCUCAACAUUUUAACAUCUACACAGCGUCCAUUUUUAUUGCACCAAACUGAGUGACACAUCAACAGAAAGCGCUCAAAUUCCUCAAUCGAAUACAAAGUCAAACUCAAAAGUAGCUCCGGAGACUUGUGACUCAUUUUUACAGAGCGGGUCACAUUUAUAGUACAUGUAUUCCGUAGUCGACGCUUUCCAGUAAAGGCGGAUUUUUUUUUCUCUUUGAAGCAAGCUCAUGAGUUUUCUUUCAUAUUUUUAAGGACAAUCACCGAAGAAAUGUGAACACUUGGUAUUUUGCAGAAUGCAUCUCAGUGAAUACGGGUGAUUCACAAGAGCGCGCCUCCAAACGUUUGCAACGCGUCGGCCAAUCACAAAGCGCGAAAU